AUGUUAAGCCGCGGCUUCUCGUCCCAGGGCUUUUUUGGAGGCCAAGGAGUUGGUAGGCAGCCGGACCCCAAGAAAAAUGGGCAAGGCCCAUCACCACAGGAUCAAGGCUUACGCCAAGGAACAGGUGAAUCGUAUCCCAAGGAGCACGGUAAGGGAUUCUUCCACAAACUGAAAUGGAAAAAGGGUCCUGAUUCCAUGCAUCCUUCCCCUGAGGAAAUAAAUGCCGACUCGCCUACAAGUCCGGUGGGCACGCGCCAGGGGCCCCCUCCGACAUCGGUUUUUGCUAGACCUGGAUUCGAUGGUGGUGACAUGUCCCUUGGAGAACGGCCACCCUCUUCUUUCUCAGAUUAUGAGAAAGUCCAACCACGAUCCAGGAAUCCCACAAAUAGCGCACCACUAAAGAGAUAUGCUCUGGCCACACCUGAUGGGUGGAAUUAUCGGUUGAUAGACGUGACGGAUGUGGAUGCAGCAGACGCACUGCGCAUUACUAUAUGUAAUAGCCUGGGCAUCAAGGAUCCGGGAAGUGCAUUGAUCUAUCUUACGGAACCUGGCCAAAUUACACACGAGGAUCCGUUGAGUGAUACAAUGCUGGUCGUAAAUCGCCGGACAAAAUCAGAUCCCCAUGGCACUUUGAAAUUUUUCGUUCACCUCGCCCAUCCAUCUCCACCACCUGCACCUGCACCAGCACCACAAGCCACCGGUUUGGGUCUGUCAUUUGCAGAGCGGCGAGCCAGGAAUCCAGUAGACGAUGAUGCUCGACACCAUGUAUGGGGUGUAUCGUCCAGACCUCAACCGCAAGCGAUAAAUUUUGAUGCGGACAAACCACCUCCAUAUGAUCAACAAGCUCAACCUUGGAAUUUCGUUAGUGAUAAUAAGCAUGCCAGUGAACAGGAUAUCGAUGGUGUAGAAGCGGCAAUAUAUGCUGCGCAUGAAGAGUACAGGCGGGAAGCUGAGAGAAAGCAGAAGGCUUAUCUUCAAUCAAAACAGGAAAGUCAGCAGCAGCUGAAGGAGGCGUCUAAAGUCUCUAUAAGGCGGGAUGGUGUGAUAGAUUUCGAUUCCCCUCGAAUUUCUCCAUAUGAAGAUAAGAAGGCCGAUAACCUCGUUCCACUACGGAAACCCCCUUCGGCGCCAUCGGAGUCAAGUACGCUCAGCAAAGUCAACUCUUUGAGCAGGAAACUAGGGGGUAGACCGCGCAAGGACUCUGCUCACAAGCGCAGCCCUUCAGAUCAGAUAUUCGAAGAAUGGGGAGAAAAGCAAUGGACUUCAAGUCCCGCGCUACCAUCACCUGGCCUGGCUGACGGUCUUGGAGUUGCAUUAGCGGGCAUUGGGAAAGUAUCAAGUGCUAUCGGAAAACCAUUUCCUAACCAAGCUAUGACUUCUACACGUUCUCCGCUUUCUUCUUCAGAGCCGGUUUCUGGGAAAGGUUGCUCACUGCAGUCCGUUGAUUUCAAUAAUGCUAGGGGACGACGAGCUAGUCCAACAAGUUCCUCUCCUAAGGUGCCUAUGUAUACUCGCGGGAAGGGAAAUACUGUAUUCAGGGUACCGUUAUACGAUUGGGAUGGGAGUACCAAAUACCCCGCUGCUCCGCCUGAAGAAACGAAGUCAGCUGUUCCCACGCUGCAAUCUGAUUGUUCACAUUCCAUCAGCCCUGCGUCUGCACUUCCCGAUACACAAUCGCAACAAAAACAACGAAACCGAAAAUCAAUUGGUCCUGAUUUUGAUUUCCAGGAGACGGAAGUUUCGUUCUCCAGAGUUCCUGUGCAUGUAGAAGAUUCGGAUGAGGAUUCAGAUGAAGGCCUGUUUGCUAUACCAUUGGCUGGCGCGAAGGGUGGGGUGCAGCCAAAGAAAAAUAAAGCACCGAUGAAGAACAUUAGUGGUGGUCAGGGUCGUUCCGCUAAACCUGCUCUGACCGUCAAUACUGGAUCGCGGGCAGCCAAGGGAAUGUCCGUGAGCUUCAAAUCACCAAGUACGGUAGAACCUUCGAAUACACCGUCAACCCGAAGCACGGACAAUGAGACUGGUGGAGAACAAAGCUUCAAUAAAUCCGCGAAUGAUGACAAUAGCUCGUCAAAAUCGCCGGAAACCAGCAGGGACAGCCGUCGCCAUUCAAUAAUCAGAGAUGACAUUUGGGCUAGCAGACCACCAGUUGAUGGUAUGAUUGAUCAUCUAGAUGAUUUCUUCCCAGACGUUGAUCUGGAUGAACCAUACGUGGAAGGGAGCUUGAUGUCUCCACCAAUGUCACCCGUGGUGGGACCAGGAUCGAGCCUUGGCGCGGAGCUGUCCGAUAACCAAACCUUGCGAAACCGUGCUGCCCAUGGCACAUUGAAUUCUCUAAUGUCACAGGACAGCAUGGACACGUUGGGCUCAGAUGAAUCUACAUUGAAAGCUAAAGGGAUAAUUAAUAACGUUGCGCAGCGGAAUAUCAAUCGAUCUCAAGGCGGUGGGCUAACGCGUAUGAAAUCCAUCCGUGAGGUUGCAAAGGGGGCGCAUCAGAUUCAUAGAAAUCAGAGCAUAACGGCUUCCAAUGCUAAAUCGGGCGCUUUACUUCGACGGAAAAGUACUAAGAUGUUCGGCGCGAAGAUUUUACAGGUUAAGCCGGGCAGUCGGCUGAGUGAGCAUCCGAUUCCCUUGCCGCAGAAUGUUGGGGCUGGGUCGCAGAGUAAAGUGCCGCAGAGGCAGGCUACAUUCCGAAUCAUUCGAGGUCAACUUAUAGGCAAGGGGACGUAUGGAAGGGUCUACCUCGGCAUUAAUGCUGAUAAUGGUGAGAUCCUGGCUGUGAAACAGGUGGAAGUGAGCCCGAAGGCUGCAGGCCAAGACAAGGAUAAAAUGAAAGAGAUGGUCUCGGCACUCAACCAAGAGAUCGACACGAUGCAACAUCUCGAACACCCCAAUAUUGUGCAGUAUCUUGGCUGCGAGCGCGGUGAGCUGUCCAUUUCCAUCUACCUCGAAUAUAUCCCUGGUGGCUCCAUCGGCAGUUGUCUGCGCAAACAUGGCAAAUUCGAAGAAAGCGUCGUUAAGUCCCUUACGCGUCAGGUUUUAAGCGGGCUGGCAUACCUGCACGACCAAGGAAUCUUACACCGCGACCUGAAAGCGGACAACAUCCUUCUAGACUUGGACGGGACCUGCAAGAUCUCCGAUUUUGGCAUCUCCAAGAAAACGGACAAUAUUUACGGCAAUGACGUGACGAAUUCAAUGCAGGGUUCUGUGUUCUGGAUGGCACCGGAAGUUGUCCAGUCACAGGGACAAGGUUACAGUGCCAAGGUGGACAUUUGGUCACUUGGUUGCGUGGUGCUGGAGAUGUUCGCGGGCCGACGACCGUGGAGUAAAGAGGAGGCCAUCGGGGCGAUUUUCAAGUUGGGGAGUUUGAACCAGGCUCCGCCGAUUCCUGAUGAUGUGUCUGUGGCUAUCACACCGGAAGCGUUGGCUUUCAUGUAUGAUUGUUUCACGAUUGACACCUUCGAACGACCAACUGCAGAGACUUUGCUGUCUCAGCAUCCCUUUUGCAAAGCUGAUCCACUCUACAAUUUCUUGGAUACCGAGCUGCAUGCGAAGAUUCGCCAUGUUCUCUGA